AUGGCGGAUAUUGCAGUCGUGAGCGACCAGCCUGCACUUGUGCGCACGGACUCAAAGCGUUCCGUCGCCGAUUCCAUCUCAAAAUCAAUACGUCGGUCAACUUCCAGCAGCGGACCAGAAGAGCUUCCAAGACCAGUGAUUGCAACUCGUCCGCCGAUUGACUAUAGUUCUCUACCGGCGCUUGUAAGAAGCACUUGGAUUCGAUUUAGGAGUAUCUGGACGCGUAGAUUUAUCCUGUCCCUUCUUGCGGGACAGGUCGUCUCUCUUUGCAUCACCUGUACCAAUGUGACGACGACAGAGCUGGUGUCCAGAAAUUGGUCGCUUCCGACAACGCAGACAUGGUUCCUGUACUUCUCGUUGUUUGCGAUAUAUACUCCGUACACCUUUUAUCGAUACGGACUCACGGGAUGGGCAAAGAUGGUGUUUAGAGAUGGCUGGAAGUAUUUUUUCCUUGCUGCAUGUGACGUGGAAGGGAACUUCUUAGUUGUCAAAGCAUACAAUUAUACGACGCUGCUCUCAUGUAUGUUACUGGAUGCUUGGGCAAUUCCUGUCUGUCUAUUCUUUUGCUGGUUGUAUAUGCGCCCGAAAUACCAAUUGACGCAACUGCUCGGCGUGGUUGUGUGUGUCGCCGGUUUGGGUUUACUCGUUGCGUCCGAUCAUAUCACCGAGAAGGACUACGCUGCAAAGAACAUGGCGCUCGGUGAUGGAUUCAUGAUUCUGGGAGCAUCCCUGUAUGGCUUUACCAACGCAACAGAAGAGUUCUUCGUCCGCCGACGCCCCCUGUACGAAGUCGUAGGCCAACUCGGAAUGUGGGGGACACUCAUCAACGGUAUCCAAGCUGCCGGGCUAGAGCACAAGGACAUGCGCUUGGCGACUUGGAACGGCGAGAAUAUCGGGCUUCUCGUCGCUUAUACAGGUGCAAUGUUCAUUUUGUAUACAGUCGCGCCGUUGUUGUACCGUUUGGCGUCGUCGGCGUAUUAUAAUAUCUCGCUUUUGACGAGUGACUUUUAUGGAUUGCUGUUUGGGCUGUUUCUCUUCCACUAUAAGCCGUACUGGCUAUACUUCCCAGCGUUCGCCGUCGUCAUCCUCGGACUUAUCAUUUACUUCUGGUCUUCCACACCGGAGGAACAAGGUAGACUCGACCCGCGUGUUCCGACGUACGUCACUGGACGAGGAAGUGCCGCAGCUAAUGCUGAACCUUCCGGUUCAGGCGACCUUAUACGAGACGUCCCAAAUAGAUCACGGGAUUCGAAGGCCUAA